AAUCUCCCCGCCAUCGUCAUCAGCCCAAAUCAGAGCAACCCAGCUCAACAACCAGAACCAACCACCACCACCAUCAUCACCAUCACAAGCCCAGGUUAUCGAUAAGCAGACCCAAUACAAUGGCCCUCAAUCCACAUCAACGAAAGAAAGUGGACAUUAAUGCCAUGACCGAGGAAGAACAAAAGCUCUUCCGUCUGUACGGAAAGCUACCCCCGAAGAAAAAUGUCGCCAAGCAUAACCUUAUGGAGCGCAAAUAUUUCGAUUCCGGGGAUUACGCCUUAUCGAAGGCCGGCAAAACUGCCCCCCAAUCGGUCGGCACAACGAUACCUUCUCCUGAAAACAUACAUCAUGCUAGUCACACUAGUACUCCCACCCCUACCGGUCAACACCCUUCCAUGACUCACUUGAAUUCGGAAUCUAAUUCUGCGAAUCCUGGGGUAUUACCUAAACAUGGGACGGAUGGGCCGAUUUUAGAAGCGAUCGAUAACGCUAUCGUCACCGACGGGAACGCCCACCCAUCAACCGAACAAGCUAUUGAACCCUCUCAACCUGUCAAUUUACAGUGAACCGACUAAGAGGAUAAACCUAAUUAUGAUGUAGCAAGUCGAUCGAUUCAUUGCUGGUAUAUCGGGAUGCUUGUCGCUAUUCUUUCCACUGAUCCGGCUCGAGUUGCUCCUUUGUUUCAUAUGGAUAUUGCUGGCCUUGGUACCAUGUUUCUACCAACCAUGCUCAUUCCACUCGGGCUUAGCCCUCAAGAUAAAAAUCAUGUCACGCUCUUCAGUGUCACCAGUAUUAUGUACAAACAGAUCCUCAUCAUCUUUUUUUUGUCAGCCUGUCAUAAAGGGGAAGAAUGGGAUGCUUUGUUGUCCACCUUGGUUUGCAAAAGCAAUCCAAUACAUGGCUUUCCUAAGCUUCUCCGCCUUCAUCCCAUUUCUUUUCGAAUGAUGUGUUUGUUCCUUCUUAGUCCCCUCCCUUCUCGAUCUGAUUCAUUCUUGUAAUGUUGAACUCAGUUUUCUUUUUUGUUGAUGUCAAGACUACUCAAUUUUUCAGCUUUGACACAUCGUUCUUUUCUUAUACAGAUGUUAUGUCAUAUAUUUUGUAUUGUUGCCUUAAAAAGUGACAUGAUUGACGGUUUCUUUGCCUUAUAUAUUAUUCUCCAUAAAUAUACACAAAUAUUGCAUCUGAAAUCAAAACUGUUAUCAACAUAUAAUUGCCUGUAAACCUU